UAGAAAAUCUUAAAUUGCACAUGUGGUUUGGAGUGCAUUUCAGAGCUCUGUGUCUCCCAGGAGCUGACUGUAAACUAGGGUCCUGCAGCUUCUUUGGACACUUCAGGCAGGCCAAGGCACCGGGUUGAGGCUGCCCGAAUCACUGGAGAUCCGACUGCACAGGAGGACAGCAGGGCAGAUGUGGACUAAGUGAGCGCACGCCAAGGCUCCUAUCAACGCAAGGUGCGGUCGCUGCCCAGCCACUGUCUUUCCUUCCCCAGCCCGAACCCAGUACAGCCUCUUCGAUGUUUGGGUUGGGCUAGCUGGAACCUUGCUGGUGAUGUUGCCUGUUCUGUGUCACCCGCUGUAGCUCUUAUCUGAGUCCGCACAUGCCCCUGCCCAGGGCCUGGCAAGUUCAGGGUUGAGAUAGGGCCAAUCUGCCCAGAGACAGCGGCCGCCUAACAGGGAGCCUGGGGUGGCACCGCCUCGCUGAGCCGGUUCUCUCUCCUCCCCCAAAACGACCUCUUUCAGUCGCGCAGCUGAAACACCAGCCCUGCUUCUAGGCAAGCGGCGACGCGGAGCGGUGACCCCAGCCACCUGCGGGGCCUGGAGCGCAGCCUUGCUCCCCCUGGCUGUUUCUCUGUUUCUGCUGUGUUCCGGUCAGAUCCUCCGCGGGCAGGACUGGGAUGCGGUGCCAGAGACACACGGAGCCGCCUGUCCCGCUGGCGUCUAGCCGCAGGCACGCGUGAGAGUGGGCGCGGGAGCCGCGUCCACACAGCUCCUCCCGCGCCCGCAGAGGGCGGCCCGGAGCCGGCAUGGCCUCGGCCGCCUCGGUGAGCAGCCUGGCCGACGAGGUCAGCUGCCCCAUCUGCCAGGCCACCCUGCGGGAGCCCGUCACCAUCGACUGCGGCCACAACUUCUGCCGCGGCUGCCUGGCGCGCUACUGCGAGGGCCGGGGCGCGGGGCCCCUGGGCUGCCCGCUCUGCAAGGAGCCCUUCCGCGCGGGGGCGCUGCGGCCCAACUGGCAGCUGGCGGGCGUGGUGGAGCGCAUCGAGCGCCUGCAGCCCGGCGCCGGGCCGGAGGAGGGGGCCUGCGCGCAGCACGGCGAGAAGCUCUACUUCUUCUGCGAGGACGACGAGGCGCAACUGUGCGUGGUGUGCCGCGAGGCGGGUCUGCACGGCGAGCACAGCGUGCGCUUCCUGGAGGCGGCGGCGGAGCCCUACCGGGAGCAAAUACAGAAGUGUCUUGUGUGUCUAAGAAAAGAGAGAGAGAAGAUUCAGGAAAUUCAAUUGAGAGAAAAUAAAAGGAUACAGGUCCUGCUGACUCAGGUGGCCACCAAGAGACAACAGGUGAUUUCCGAGUUUGCACAUCUGAGCCAGUUUCUGGAAGAGCAGCAGAGCAUUCUUUUAGCGCAACUGGGAAAGCUGGAUGGGGACAUCCUGAAGCAGCAGGAGGAGUUUGAUCGCCUGGUCGCUGGGGAGAUCUGCCGGUUUAGCACCCUGAUUGAAGAGCUGGAGGAGAAGAGUGAGAGGCCAGCGAGGGAGCUCCUGACGGAUAUCAGAAGCACCCUAAUAAGGUGUGAAACCAGAAAGUGCCGGAAACCAGAGGCGGUGUCCCCGGAGCUGGGCCAGCAGAUCCGGGACUUCCCCCGGCAGGCUCUGCCACUGCAUAGAGAGGUGAAGACCUUCCUGGAAAAACUCUGCUUUGAGUUGGACUAUGAACCAGCUCACAUCUCUCUGGACCCCCAGACUUCCCACCCCAAGCUCCUCUUGUCCGAGGACCACCAACGGGUUCGGUUCUCCUAUAAAUGGCAAAAUUCACCAGACAGCCCCCAGCGUUUUGACCGGGCCACAUGCGUGCUGGCCCUGCGUGGCUUCACAGAGGGCAGACAUACGUGGUUGGUGAGCGUGGACUUGGCCCACGGGGGCAGCUGCACUGUGGGGGUGGCGAAUGGGGAUGUGCAGCGGAAGGGGGAGCUGCGCCUGCGGCCGGAGGAGGGAGUGUGGGCCCUGCGCCUGGCCUGGGGCUUCGUGUCUGCCCUGGGCUCCUUCCCCACACGGCUGGCCUUGGAGGAACAUCCCAGGCAGUUGCGCGUGUCCCUGGACUAUGAGGUGGGCUGGGUGACCUUCUGCAAUGCUGUCACCCAGGAGCACAUCUACACCUUCACGGCCUCCUUCACUCAGGAAGUCUUUCCCUUCUUCGGGGUCUGGGGCCGAGGGUCUGGCUUUUCCCUGAGCUACUGACAAAGCACAGUAUGGCUUUUUCCCUGAGCCCACGACAACCACUGGAGUAGAAAUGGCUGCUUAGACAGCUAGUGGCCUCAUUGGUGAGGGAUAUGGCGGCAUCGCCUUCAGUCUGCCAGUUAGUUGCCCGGUGGAUGUCAAGGGUUCUGGGGCUCGUCUGUUGCUGGCUGUGCUUGCCACCAUCCCCACCGGAGGCACACUGGGCCUGGGCAAAGCCUUGUCACCAACCAGCUGUAUGCUUCAUAAGCAAGACACCAAACCUCUCUUCAACUUUUCUUCAAUGAGUGCUAGAGCUCACUUAUUCAUAUCCUCGAGAACAAUUGUGUGCUAACGAUGAACCAAGCUGUGUGGUAGCCACUGGUGAUUUGAAAUAAUAAAAAGAGGAAAAGCUUUGUGCCAUAUCUAAAAGUGCUCUUGGAAGACACAGACACAGAGAACAUCGGCUCAGCAUGGUGGCUGCAGGGUCAGCUGUCUACCCAAGGCAUUGUGGAAGCUCAGAGGACCUGCGUGGCCCUGCUGGUGGAAGGCCAGUCCAGGUGGCUUUUUGGAAGGGUGGGUACAGAGGAUGCAGGUGGUGAGUGAGAAAAGGAGCAGGAAAAACACCUUAGGGGGUGGGGACCACAGAACAGGGCGGAUGCUCUGCGACCAUGGGGCACUCGGUCAUCUCUCUGUGUCCCUGUGAGGAGGCAUUGGCCACACCUACCCCACACCACGCACUGCCCUUUUCUCUCGGUGGUGUCACUUCCGAGACAAGAUGCAGGGUCUUGGGAACGGGGUGGCAGGAAGGUGUGACCCUGAACUGCGCUCAGCCUGGGGAGAUCCAUCUUCCAGAGCAGCCGAGGACAAGAGAAGGAGUCACAGGGGCCAAGUGGGAAGGGGACAGCACCAUCUGCUCCAAGCGCUGGGUGAGAGCAGCAGAGGCAAAGGAGGAAUGGAUGACCUGUGCUCUUCAGUCAAGAGCUGGGACUCCUCCAGGAUGGGACAGAGAGUGACACAUGGUGGGAUGGAAAAGGGAAAGACUAGCGAUGGGAGAUGAGCAGAUCAGAGGGGAGGGCUCUGGGGAAGGAACCAGGUGGUACCAGGGAGGCCAUGGUCCCGAUGGGUCUGGGUAACUGGUUCUGGGAAGCACAUAGGCACCCACUUGUUGCUGCCUGGAAUUUGGAAAGUGAUAC